AUGCUGCCGUUGCUCCUUCGCCAUCCCCUUCAAAGCCCCGGUACACCUGCGAAUGCUCCGCCCUCGGUCAAGGCAACCUCAUCGGCUCGUAAACAAGUCCGCGCAGAGCAAAAGAGAGCAUUUCCAAGGAUACAAUAUGCCGCUCGUUUCAGUCACUUCGAUCCACGGUCUGAAUACUCAAACUUCAGAGGCUUCUUCGUCCUCUUCUGGAUUGCACUGACCAUCAUGGUCCUGACAACCAUGUUGCGCAAUCUGAAAGAGACGGGCUACCCUCUGAGUAUGCGCCAGUGGGGGCUGUUCACGAAAAACAUCUACGAGAUGGCCAUCGUUGAUCUGAUCAUGGUCGCUACCACCGGCACAAGUCUGCCUUUGAACAAGCUGUUCAAGAACAGCAAGGGUCUGCUUCAGUGGAAACAUCAGGGCAUGAACAUCCAGAUCGUCUUCCAAGCCUGUUGGCUAUUGCUGUGGGUUACCUGGCCGUUCGUUCGCGACUGGACGUGGACCGCUCAGGUUUUCUUUACUCUGCAUCUUCUCGUCAUGUUUAUGAAGAUGCACUCAUAUGCCUUCUAUAAUGGCCAUCUCGCCAACACCCUACAGCGACUGUCUGCGCUCGACAACCCUGCUCCGGAUGCCUCCACUGCUGCUGCAGUCAAGUACCCCUCGUCCCAGACUCCGAUCGCCGACAUCAACGACGAAUUGAAACAAGAAGAGACAGCACAGGCAGAUUCUUUGACACAGUUGCGCGAAGACUUGGCCAUGGAAUUGGUUUCUCCGUUCGGUCGCCUCACCUACCCUCAAAACCUUACAGUCGCCAACUACUUCGAUUUCCUGCUCUGCCCGACACUGUGCUACGAACUUGAAUAUCCCCGUACGAGCUCGCGUUCCUAUCUAGAAAUCUUCUGGAAAUCUCUCGCAGUUGGUGGCAUCAUCUUUCUGCUUACCAUCACUUCCGAAGAGUUCAUCAUCCCUGUGCUCGCUGAAUCUGCCGAGAGGUUGGAACAUCAGCAAAACUGGCAUGAGGGCAGCCUGGUCUUUGCAGAGACAGUCAGCAGACUGCUGUUUCCUUUCAUGGUUGCUUUCUUGCUGGUCUUUCUCGUCAUCUUUGAAUAUCUCCUUGGUGCUUUUGCAGAGAUUACAUGCUUCGCCGACAGACAGUUCUAUUCGGACUGGUGGAACAGUCUUGACUGGCUCGAGUUCUCCCGUGAAUGGAACAUCCCGGUCCAUCACUUCUUCCGUCGCCAUGUAUAUUCGGCAUCUCGAAACACAAUGUCUCGCCCUGUGGCUACAUUCAUCACCUUCCUGGUGUCUAGUAUAGCACACGAGUUGGUCAUGGGCUGCAUCACCCGCAAGUUCCGUGGAUACGGCUUCGUUGCCAUGAUGUUGCAGAUGCCGAUAGUCUUGGUCCAGCGCAGCCGAUGGAUUCGUAAUAGGACCAUUCUCAACAACGUCCUGUUCUGGUGCAGCAUGAUCUUGGGUUUGAGCAUGAUUUGCGCACUGUACGUCCUGAUUUAG